UUUGUGUAAAAUCUGUAUGAUCGCUUUCGUAGGUUUAACUGUAAUGAAACUAAAUCUAGGAAGUGUUUAGUUUACACGUCAACAAACUAUAGUACAAUAUGCUGACAUUAAAACUGUAUAAACAGUUAAUACUUUUCUUGCAUUUUGAUUUUCUCAUCCUAAACGCUAUACACGGAAAUACUCAAGAAAUCAAAGCUGUUAUUAGCAUACAACUGCAGUCAACAAGUUCUUACUCAAUUGCUGUUUCUAUAAGAAAUGAUAAAUAUAACAAAUUUCAAGAGCAUUUAUUCAGCAACAAAAAUUCGACAAUUACAUUCAAAUAUCUGGAUGAUGGUAGUGGUUCUUACGUAACCAACAUUACAGCAAGUGACAAUCAAAAUCAGAAAGAAAAUCUUUAUUAUACGUGUUUCGUUAAUGAGACUAUAAUGGCCUUACAUUGUCGUAGAAAUAUCAGCUGUACCAUACAGAACUGUACGUCAUGUAUCACUAGUACAGGUAUAAGGUGGAUAUAUUAUGGAUAUAUAAGUUCUAACUAUAUCACGAACAAAACAGAACAUUGUGAUGAUGGGCAAGAGAUAGUGAUGUACGCAAUAAAUCAAAAUGGCUUCUCGAUAUCAACUUCAACAACAUCGUCGCAGUUAAAAACAGCUAGCGUAACAGGAACAUCAACACCACCACCACACUUCACAACAAUGAACGUAAGAGAAACAUCAGCGAAUCUCACAUUACCAGAGAGCUCUUCAAAAGAUAAGGCAGGUGUCAUAGCAGGUGUGACUGUCAGUGUCAUUAUACUUGUUACAGUCGCUGUUCUCAUUGUCUUCAUGUGGAGAAAACGAAAAUCUCAAAAGGAUUCCAGCUGUGGAAAUGAUUCUCAAAACGUGAGUCGACAAAACAAUAACUACGUCCGUAGUCCUGAAGAUGUUCGCGACGUAAAAAAGGAAACAUAUAACAAACCAAUGUCUUCAACUACAUAUUUGGAGCAAAGUUCAAAUAAUCUCAACAAUGAUCCAAUAACAAUAACUAUUAAAUCAGAGCCUGAAACAUCUAUCUAUACUGGUAUUGACGAUGAUGUAUCAACAGCUCAAUUAAACGUUUUUAAUUCAGAUUAUGAGAAGUCCAAUUCGUUGGAUAAUUACACAACUGCCAGAAGAAGCAAUGAGCAGCCUGAGAUAUCUACAUGUACAUUUAGCAAUGAAAACGAUUACAAUGUGAUUGAUUAUAGUCAAGGCGACACAAACUUUAGGGAUUCAAGACUGGAAACUAUCCACUUUGACGACGGGUACAGCAGCGUUGACAUGCCUCGUGAGAUAACUUCUGGUAACAAUGCCGACUUCAGUCCAGAGAUCCAAUCAACAGUGGAGACAGCUGUAGAUAAAUGUAGUCAAGUUGAUCAACAUUCUUACAACGGCAAUCAUAAAAAUGUAUCUAAUUAUAUGAACCUUCCUAAGGACCUAGAAAACACGAAAGAAAAUAAGAGAAAUGUUUACUCAAAGCUUAGAGAAAAUAUUUCCAAAUUUAAAGACACGUAUGGAGAUUUGGAAACUUUCGCUCAGGAGGAGAACGAUCCCUCACAGCCUUCAGAAACUGACACAUAUUUUACACUUGAAACAGAACAUGUCAGCACUGACACUAAUAAAAUUGAACUCGUGGAUUAACGUUUAAAAAGUAUCCAAGUGUAUUUUUGUAUUGUUUCGCUAUUCUUAUGUAACUGAGUCUGAGUUAUCUGUGUGUAAAUAUGUACAUUUCAAAAAUACAAUGAACAAAUCUGAAUUAGUGACAUGAAUUCUACCAAGUAGGAUAUGUGACUGAGUGGUGAAAACCGAUUUAGUACCUAUCUAGGGGGCUUGAGUUCGAAUCCCUACUAUAGGUAGCAGGAAACCUUCUCUCAGUGACCCUCUCACUCCCUUAGUUUACAAAAGAGAUUGAACUAUAUCUCACAAAGCUCAUUGAGCGGUGGCGAUACCACAUUCUCAGAGAUGAAUGUAUGCUUACCUAAUCAAGUCUGAAGGAGUAAUCAGCUAUUAAUGGGGAAGAUAAUACUUUACAAACAUCUUUAUCUUCGUCAAUGUUAAAAGUGGAAACCAUGCUCCUAAUUUACUGUGAAGGAGCAGCUGGAUUCAUAUCACAGACUUGUUAUUUUAAAGUCAUUUUAAAAUAACGUUUAAGUAUUACCGAUGUACGUGUUGAAAUGUUAUUGUUUAUGUUUAAAUUGCAUUUACAUAACAUUAAAUUAUAUUUUAUCGACUCCCGUUUUGGGGGAAAGCACUAUUGGUUUUGUGCUGCUUGUCUGUUCGUCUGUCUGUCACGGUUAGCAAUAAAAUGCUCUACAUUUUUAUUCAUUCUGUUAUUUGCCCCUUGUAUUUAAUGGUUUCAGAACAACUGGUGUGUAUAGUGUCGGUGUCAAUAGUCCAUAUCUAGUUCUGAACUUUUAACAUCAGACAUUGAGUAAUAAACAGAUAUUUCCUCUAUUCACAUUAUAAACGAGAACAUUGUAAUAAAUGACGAAGACAAUAAAAUGAUGAAAUAUUCAUGUUCAUAAAAUUUUAUUUAAUUGCAUAUGAAAAAUAAAAUCAAUUACAAUUCUGUCA